GACAAAAAUACAUUUUUCAACUCACAAAUAAAAUAUUAAAAAAAAAAAGCUUUCAAUAUGGCUGACGGAUUGCUAAAAAUCACCUACCACUAUGCAUCUGCUGGUGCAUUCAAGAAGCUGAAUGCAUUUUUGCAAAUGCCAUCAAAUAAUUUGGAUGAUUUGCGUCGUGACAUUGAGAGGUACCUGUUCCAGGAGCGCGAACUGCCUGCUUGCAAUUUCAGGACAUAUUGGAUUGAUUCGGAUUCUGAUGAAAUUGAGGUCAUCAAUCAAAAUGACUAUGGAAUUUUCUUGGCCAAAUGCGAGAAGAAUAUGCAUUUGCAUAUGGCUGCCUGUGGCAUCUAUGAUGAUCCCACAAAUUUCAUUAUUCAUAAGGGAAUAGAGUGCGAUUCGUGCAAGGUCGUCCCACUGGUCGGUUUUCGCUACAAGUGCGGUCAGUGUCCCAACUAUGACCUGUGCCAGGCCUGCGAGUCAGCACACAAGCACCCGGAUCACUUUAUGGUGCGCAUACCCACUAUCGAACGACUAAAAAUUAUUGAUGCCUGGAUAGCAACAGAGCCUGGCUCAAGCUGUCGUCUCCGUGAUGAAUCUUCAAUUGAACCGGAAACAACUAAUAAGGAAGAAGAACCCGUUUCCGCACUUGUCGCUAAUUUGCACAUUGAUAAGGAUGCAGACGCAUGAUAGCCAUUCUGACCGUUAACUGGCUGUAAUAAAACCCUUUAACCCAACAUUUUUACAAUCUCAAUAAAUUCAUAAAAAGAUCA